AUGACUCAAUCCCCUGCGAGUAAAGACGAGGGCAUAUCCAACUAUGCCGACGACGUUCAGCAUGCGGAAUUUGGAGAUAUCACAUCUCCUGCCUUUGAGAGAACCAAGUCUACAGGAAGCAUCAUGAUAUCUCCGGAACUAUUCGAGAAGCUUUACUUGAAUCCCAAAACUCCAGUUGCUGGGAACCUUCGGAGUAUGAUUGGCAAUCCAACCCCGAUAGCUAUCACCGGCUUCGUCAUGGCCUUGACCCCUCUAUGCUUUUGCCUGAUGGGCUGGAGAGGAGCUGGUAACAAUGGGGCUGCUCAUAUUGGAGGAUACAUCUUUUUCGGAGGCAUUCUGUUACUCGUUGGUGGGUUUCUAGAGUGUAUCAUAGGCAACACCUUUUCGUCCGUGGUGUUCAUGUCCUUUGCAUGCUUUUACCUUACCCUCGCCGCGACUAUCCAGCCCUUUUACAGUGCAUAUGCACCCUAUUCACCGUCCCCCGAUGAUCCCACUGCAGGACUCGCGUCGGAGGGGUUCAAUGCCAGCUUUGGGUUUUUCUUAGUUUGUUUCAAUAUCUUAUGCUUUUUCUACUUGAUAUGCUCCUUCCGGACCAAUUUUGUCCUUGUCUAUAUCCUUUUCACCGUCGUCGUUGGUGUUGGCUUCAUUAUCGCGGACUACUGGUACUUGGCCAUGAAUGAGACAGUGCUUGCUGCAAAGCUCCAAGUGGGCGGAGGAGCUAUACUACUCGCAGCAUGUCUCGGUGGAUGGUAUCUACUCUUCUCUUUAUUGCUUGAAUCCGUGGACUUUCCUUUGCGGCUUCCCGUGGGUGAUCUCUCUAGCCAUGUACCGGGACUGUCACAACUUAAGAAGAGAUCAUAA